CGAAAUCUUACCGUGAUGGUCUUCUCCAAAGCCGGAGUGAGCCUUGGAGACUGAGACCGGGUUCCACAGAGCUGCAGGUUCCACAGAGCUGCAGGUUCCACAGCGCUGAAGGUUCCACAGAGCUGAAGGUUCCACAGAGCUGCAGGUUCCACAGCGCUGCAGGUUCCACUGAGCUGCAGGUUCCACAGCGCUGCAGGUUCCACAGAGCUGCAGGUUCCACAGAGCUGCAGGUUCCACAGCCCUGAAGCCCAGCAAAGGAACAUACGUUUAAACUUGACCGAAAAGUGACGUCACAACCGUUUUCAGUGCGACACCUUAACAUGGAACCUGAGAACUGUGUUUAUACGAGCUGUUACUGUGAAGAAAAUGUUUGGAAGCUCUGUGAGUUUGUCAGAACGGAGAAAACUCCCCCGCUGGAUGAAUUGUUUGCGGUUUUCAUCUCAAAUGAGAACCGAAUGGUUCCUCUGUGGAAGCAGAAGUCUGGACGGGGAGAUCAUCCAGUCAUCUGGGACUACCACGUGGUGUUGUUGCAGAUCAGACUUAAUUCUCCUUCUCUGGUUUAUGAUCUGGACACUGAGCUGUCGUUUCCCUGCAGCCUGAAUCUGUACGCUGCCCAGGCCCUCCGCUCGGACCGCAACAUCAAACCUGCGUACCACAGGAAAUUGCGUGUUGUCCCUGCUGACAGCUUCCUGUUGAACUUUGCGUCGGAUCGAUCGCACAUGAAGAACUCUGAUGGGUCUUGGAGGAUGCCCCCCCCACCCUAUCUUCCCAUACGAACCACAGAGUGUCAGAUGAACCUAGAAGACUUCAUAAGUAUGAAUCCUGCUGUCGGAUGGGGGCGGGUCUUCAGUCUGGAACACUUCCUACAGCAACACAUGGGGGACUCUUCAUCAUCUUCAUCAGCAGCAGCUUCAUCAUCAUCAUCAUCGUAGAUGCUGUGGAGGAGCAGCCGCUUCUUGCUGGCUGACUAUAUUACUAUUAUUUAAUUUUUUCAUCUACUGUAUUUCUCAGAUGUCUUGACUUUAAUUAUAGUUGUUAUUGUAUUUUUCUUCUCGUUGUUAUUAUUAUACACUAAAUAUAAAUAUUAUGAUUAUAUACGCUGAUGUCAGGCCACGUGGUUGGAUCCUGCUGCUGUCAAACAUAAAUCAGGGUCAAAGGUUAAACACAUUUAAACACUUCAUGGUUUUAUUAGUCAUUCUCUCUUUUCUAUUAAAUGUGUUAUUAUGCAGUUCCUGGUGUUUUUUUAAAGUUCAGCAGGGCCAUUGCAGGUGGCAUCGCGAAAGAGGCCAGACCAAUGAGUCCAGGCCUUUGAGGCAGGGGCAAGGAGUCAGGACCUAGGACCAGCUUCAGACACUGCCAGGUCCAAUGGACCCUAUGAGGCAAGAAGGGAACAACCCUUUUGGGAUAUGGUCUGGGUGAGGUUCCCUUUUGGUAUAGGGUCUGGGUUAGGGGGUUAGGUACCCUUUUGGUAUAGGGUCUGGGUUAGGGGGUUAGGUACCCUUUAGGGAUAGGGUCUGGGUUGGUGGUCAGGGAUCCUUAAGGGAUAGGGACUAAGUUUGGGGGUUGGGCUCAUUUAGGGAAAGGGUCAGGGUUUGCGUUAGCUGUUAUUAUUAGUAAUUAUUCUUUAUGUUUUCAUCACUAUUCUCAUAUCGAAUCAUUUCCAGCAUAUUUGUUGACUGUUAUAACUGUACUAUGUUCUAUUGAUGAGGGAUCCGGAGGUUUCUUUUUUCUCCUUUAAAGGGUUUUUGGGCAGUUUCCCUUUCUGAUCGAGGGACUGAAGAUUUAGAUUUGUAUUCUUACACCCUUCUCUGCACCCACCCAUAACUCUAUAGAGA